UGCGCAACCCUCUUUAUGUCUGAAAACCAGCUGCGCUCCCUGUGAGACACAUCCGCCAUGGGAAACCGGCUGUGCUGUGGGGGAAGCUGGAGCUGCCCGUCGACUUUCCAGAAGAGAAACAAGACAGGGAGCCAAACAAGACCCACAUUGAGCAUCCUGAAGCAGCAACAGUUAUGGCAGAAUGGCACGAAGGACUAUGAAACAACGGCCCCGAUGUACGAGCGAGUGCUACACCCGUCUGUGCCGCAAAAGAAAAGUUCAGACUGCACAUCGGAGGAGAAUGACUUGCACUAUGCAGACAUUCAUGUGCUCAGCCAAAUGCGGCCGCACUCUCUCAAGGUGAAAUGCCUGCGUUCAGAAUCAGCUACGGAGUAUGCCACCCUUCGCUUCCCCCAGGCCACACCUCAGUAUGACAGCAACAAUGGAACCCUGGUGUAAGCCCUUGGAAGUUCUGAUUUGUAUGAUUUUACCACUGUGGGAAUAAUCUACUGUUCUCAAGAACAAGGACCUUGACCAUGUAUUUAUCUUAAAGCACACCAGAACAUCUGGAAUUGUGGGUCCCCCUCCCACUCUCUCCACUAUGAAUCUUUUGGUUUGCCACUGUUGUGGUAAGGCUAACUAUGGGUGGACUGAGUUCCAAAAACUAUUUAUGUGCAAAAAAAUUGUCCUUUGAGCCCUAAUAUUAUUUGAAAUCUCAAAUGCAGCAAGAACUCUCUAUGCACUCUGGCUAUUUCUGAUAGGAGUUAUUUAAUGAUAUUUGAUUUUGUUUGGA